UGCGCUCGGCGAUCGAUGGGUCGCGGCUGGGGGCCAGACUGAGGGAGCGGAGCCGCGGAGCGCAUCGAUCGAGAAGGCCAAAGAUGAGCCUGAGUCUGGCAGAGACGAGGCCGCCCCGGAACAAUGCCGGGACCCGCAUGUGGAGGCUGCUGCAGGCCGAGGAGGAGGAUGACUUCUACAAGACCACGUAUGGGGGCUUCCAGGAGGAGUCCGGGGAUGAGGAGUACAACACGGAGCAGUCUGAGAGCGAGGACGAGGUGGACUCGGACUUCGACAUCGACGAGGGCGAAGAGCCCGACAGCGGGCCUGAGGACGAGGAGCCACGGAGGAAGCGGCGCGUCAUCACCAAGGUG